GUCACCUAUUUUUUUGCCAUCGUGUUCACGACCCAGCUGGCAGUGCCGGGGACAGAACGCGCGAGCCCGUUCGAUGAUCCCAAUGCGCAACAGCUCUUCUCGGACAUCGGAUCCUCCAUGAUGUCCUUGUUUACGUAUGGAACGUUGGCAGAUGAAAUGGCCUUUUGUUGCAACGCCAUCUCACAGGAGAGCAUUGCUUUGUUUUGGCUCUUCACGCUUUUUGUGGUUUUCUCCUGUAUCACCCUGCUGAACAUGCUCAUCGGAGUCCUUUGCCAGGUUGUGGAGGACAAUUCCCAGGAGCAUUCCAAGCAGAAGAUGCUGGUGGACUUGAAAACUUCAUUGGAAGAAGCCUUCGAAGCAUUGGACACCUCCCAUGAUGGCAAGAUCAGCGAAGAGGAGUUCAAGAAGAUGCGAACCGAUCCGAACGUUCUGGACAUUUUCUUCAGGCUUGGGAUGGAUCAAGAUGCAAUGGUCCAACGCCUCAAUCAUAUGCAGGAGACCAUCUUCCACAAUCCAAAGCAGGAGGAAGGAGGUGAAGGACUUGAGAGUGAAGGCCCACCCAGGUCUUCGAGCUUGUCCUUCAAGCAAUUCUGCGACGAGGUGAUUGAGAUGCAGAUGGGCAGCGCCUGUGGUGUUUUGGAUGUGCAACUCUUGGCGGCCAAAGUGAGGUCAGAGGAUUCCAAACUCAGGAACCAACUCAUCCGUUUGGAGCCUGAGCUAAAGAAGCUCCUGGAAGAUGACCAGAUCCAGCAACCUCCACAGGAGAAAGUGCACACGAAUCAAUCCAUUUUGCAGCAAAGCAGCUCGAAUUGUGAGGACUCGAUGAACUCCUCCAGCGUUCGCAGGCCACCGACACCCAUGGCCGAGGCACCAGCAUUGCAGUCAAUGCCAGAAGGGGAGGAGGAACCUAUCCCUUUUGAACUGCCUGGAGAAAUGCAACCAGAGGCCAAAGACUCCUUUGGCAGUGGUCUUGGCUUAAUGGAGAGUUGGCUGAAAGAGGUGCCUACGGAGUUGCUGUUGUACACUUUAAAAUCCCGAGCAGGACCAGAGAUGAUCUCGUAAUUCCACCCGUUUCAGCUGGUGUCCGGAUUGCGGUGGGCCUUGCCAAC